UCUCUUCUUCUUUCUCUGACACUUGCUGGACUCUUGUCUUGGUAUCCAAUCUCUGGUGUUUCAUAUCCAUAAUCAACCGAAUCGGUAUAUAGACUCUAGCGUAACCAGUAGUAAAUCAGCAUGGCGCCGUCCAAGAAGGCCGGCAAGAAAGCCACUGCCGCACCUAAGAAAUCUGGCCCCGCGAAAGUAGCCAAGGCGGACUGGAAGGAAGGCUUCAAGAAGAAGCAGGUCGGCGUAUCUGACAUGACCCUUCUUACCACCAUCAGCAAUGAGAGCGUGAACGAGAAUCUGCAGAAGCGAUGGACCAAUGGCGAGAUCUAUACGUAUAUCGGAGGUGUCUUGAUAUCAGUCAACCCAUUCCGAGAUCUUGGAAUAUAUACGGACGAGGUUCUGCAGAGGUACCAGGGCAAGAACAGGCUCGAAGUUCCUCCACACGUGUUUGCCAUCGCCGAAUCUGCAUACUAUAACAUGAAGGCCUACAACGAUAAUCAGUGCGUCAUCAUCUCAGGAGAGUCGGGUGCUGGCAAGACGGAGGCAGCGAAACGUAUCAUGCAAUAUGUGGCCGCGGUCUCUGGAGGACAGGACAGUAGCAUUCAGCAGAUUAAGGAUAUGGUGUUGGCGACGAAUCCGCUGCUCGAGAGUUUUGGUUGUGCGAAGACGCUUCGUAACAAUAACUCCAGUCGUCAUGGAAAGUACCUGGAAAUCAUGUUUAACGACCACGGCGAGCCUGUCGGUGCCCAAAUCACGAAUUAUCUGCUGGAGAAGGCACGAGUUGUCGGACAAGUGCAGAAUGAACGGAAUUUCCACAUAUUCUAUCAGUUCACGAAGGCUGCCUCGGACGCGCAACGCGAGGAGUUUGGUCUGCAAGGCCCUGAAGCUUACGCCUAUACCUGUGUUAGCAACUGUCUUGAUGUCGAUGGCAUAAGUGAUCCUCAUGAUUUCACGGAGACCCUUAACGCAAUGCAAGUUAUUGGUCUUAGCGAUCAUGAACAGAGCGAGAUCUUCCGCAUGCUCGCCAUCAUCCUCUGGCUAGGAAACGUGCAAUAUGAAGAGACAGACGAUGGCAACUCCGGAGUCGCGGACACAAGCAUCACUGACUUUGUCGCAUAUCUCAUGGGUGUAGACUCAGCUGUUGUUCUGAAGGCAAUGACCACCAGGGUCAUGGAGACACAGCGAGGCGGACGUCGUGGAUCGGUAUACGAUGUGCCGUUGAACCCUGCACAAGCUUCUUCGGGACGGGAUGCUCUUGCGAAGGCCAUCUAUAACAAUCUAUUCGAAUGGAUUGUCUCUAGGGUCAACGUCUCGAUGAAGCCUCGCACCGCUGUUUCGCAGGUUAUUGGUAUUUUGGAUAUCUUCGGAUUCGAGAUCUUUGAGGACAACUCCUUCGAACAGCUCUGCAUCAACUACGUCAACGAGAAGUUGCAGCAGAUCUUUAUCGAGCUCACACUGAAGAGAGAGCAGGAAGAGUACGACCGCGAGCAAAUCAAAUGGACACCAAUCAAGUAUUUCAACAACAAGAUCGUAUGCGACUUGAUCGAGGAGAAACGUCCACCGGGGAUUUUCGCGGCUCUCAACGAUGCUUGCGCCACCGCACACGCUGAUCCUACCGCCGCUGACAACAGCUUCAUGCAACGAUCUUCUGCUUUGUCAUCUAAUCCGCAUUUCGAGGCCCGUGGUUCUCAGUUCCUGGUCCGGCACUAUGCAGGAGACGUCAUGUACAAUAUUAGCGGCAUGACGGACAAGAACAAGGAUGCGUUGAUCAAGGACCUAUUGGACUUGGUCGCGGCCAGCAGCAACGAAUUCCUGCAAAAACUCUUUCCGGAUCGACCAGAUCCCAACAGCAAGAAGCGGCCACCUACCGCAGGUGACAGGAUCAAGGCGUCCGCUGGCGCUCUCGUUGAGAACCUCAUGAAAGCUCAGCCAUCGUAUAUCCGGACGAUCAAGCCGAAUCAGAACCGCAGUGGCACUGAAUACGACGAUAAAGCCGUGCUACAUCAGAUCAAGUAUCUUGGUCUUCAGGAGAAUAUCCGUGUGCGUCGUGCCGGUUUUGCCUACCGAAACACCUUCGAGAAGAUGGUGGAACGGUUUUACCUACUAUCGCCUAACACUUCCUAUGCCGGAGAAUAUACCUGGACUGGCGACGCACGGUCUGGCUGUCAGAAAAUCUUGCAGGACACGGGUAUUGCGAAGGAUGAGUGGCAGAUGGGCGUGACGAAGGCUUUUAUCAAGAAUCCGGAAACGCUAUUCGCGCUAGAAACGAUGCGGGACAGAUACUGGCACAACAUGGCCGGUCGCAUUCAGCGAGCCUUCCGCAACUAUAUGCGAUACAAGCAUGAAUGCGCUCGCCGGAUCCAGCGCUUCUGGAAGAACAACAAGGAAUCCAUCGAGUAUGCACAACGGAGAGACUACGGCCACCAAAUCUUGGCGGAUAGGAAGGAACGCAGACGUUUCAGUCUGCUCAGCUAUCGUCGUUUCAUGGGAGAUUACCUGGAUAUCAACGGGCACAGUGCUUUGGGUGACGAGUUGAGUGCGGCAUGUGGCAUUGGCUCGGAACCUGUCACUUUCAGUUCAAGAGGCCAUAUUCUUAUCUCCAAACUUGGUCGAUCAAGUAAACCGAGCCCACGUUUCUUAGUAGUGACUGCUAAAGCCUUGUAUAUCCUGGUCACCAACGCCACUAACGGCGUGACCGAGACGGUCGUGGACCGCAAGAUUGCGCUCGUCACUAUCAAGAGUAUUUCUAUGACCAAUCUUCGCGACGAUUGGAUGGUAUUCAACCUUGGACCUACUGAAGAGGGUGAUCCAAUCGUCAGUUGCUUGUUCAAGACCGAGCUUUCGGCGAAUCUGCUAUCUCUCACACAAGGGAGCAUCAAUAUCCAUAUUGCGCCGACGAUCGAAUACAUGAAGAAGAAAGGCAAGACUGCACAGAUCAAAUCGUUAAAAGACGAGACUGUUCCGAAGGGGGAUCUGUACAAGAGUCAUACUAUCCACGUCCAGUCUGGAGAACCAGCCAACAGUCGUUCACGACCACCUGCAAAGAGGAAAGCUGGUGUCGUACGGCCAAUCACUCAGGGCAAGUUGUUGAAGGCGGGUGGACCGUCGAAGCCAUCUGCUUCUCGCCCCAAACCUGCCUCUCGGCCACUACCUGGCAAGUCUACACCGGCAGCAGUACCCAAAGCUCCUGUAUCCGUAGCAUCCUCCAGCCACGCGCCGCCUGGCGGCUCCCGUGCACCACCAGCACCACCGCCCCCUCCCAGCCGUGCUCCUGCGCCGCCUCCGCCCCCCGAAGAGCCAGACGUCGAAAAAUACAAAGCCAAAUUCGCAUUCGACGGCCAGGAAGGUGAAAUGACGUUGGCGAAGGACGAUGUGGUAGAGUUGGUAGAGAAGGACGACAACGGCUGGUGGUUGGUCAAGAAGGAUGGAAGCGAAGGAUGGGCCCCGAGUAACUACCUCGUCCUCAUCCCAGCGAAACCGAAGCCUGCGGCGGCCCCUCCGCCUCCACCACCACCGCCACCCGCAAGUCGUCCGGUGCCCUCCGCGCCGGGUGCACCCAAACCCGCAGCCAAACCAACUCCCAACGUCAUGAAGCCCGUACAAUCCGUCGCCGCCAGCGCCAAUGCCAAACCAGUCUCUGUCUUCCCUGGCAUGGUGGCAGCUAACGGAUCGGCCACUCCAUGGAAGAAGGCCGCCACUCCAGACGGCUCGAACGGUAAUUCGCCUGCGGGCUCCCGACCAAACAGCUCGCUGGCUGGCGGAAAACCGCCGCCACCGCCACCUGUGGCCGCGAAACCUAAGCCUGCCCCACCACCUCCUGUGGCUUCGAAGCCGGGAACACCGAAACCUGGGGGUGGAAAACCUCCCAUUCCUUCUGCUCCUAGGCCUGGGGGCGCCCCUGCAGCGCCACCACGCCCAGGUGGAGGCGCUCCGAAGCCGAGUGGGGGUGGAGGAGGAGGUGCGCCGGGACAGAUGGAUUUGGCAGCAGCUUUGGCGAGACGUGCGCAGCGUAUAGCGGACAAUGAGUGAGAGUGGCUAUGGACUUGGAUUUGUUUACGGUGCAAGAUACCUCUGGGUACGGCGGAUGAAGUGUUUUCUAAUUCCCGCUAGAUGAUGUAGCUUGUAUCAUAAUCACACGAGACGUAGAGAAGAAUUGAUUACUCUAUAUCCUAGAUGAGGAGUUUGGGUAGCGAAAGAUGUGUCGACCGAUUCACUAAACCGUCCCAAGUACUUACUGCCGAUUGUAAACUGCUUCACUACAACACUUCUGAUACGUGAGACGAUACCUGCCUAAUUAUCGAAUGC